ACGAGACGUGUAUGUGGUAUGAGAAGUUGAUGUAUAUUUAGUGAUGUUUCUUUUUCCUAUAUAUAUUAUUUUUAAAAUGAAUGAAAAGUUAAUAGAAAAAUAACAAUAAUGGUAGCUUUUAUGUCCUUUACUUUAGGAGGAAUUGGGGAGUGUCCCUUAAAUAGUUUGGGGGCUGUCUAGGGAUACUCACCGUGUUCUGUGGUUUUGGAGUGAGCUAGGCACAGCAGUGUGUGUAUACUCAGAGAACAUGGUUACCUGGAACCCAGCUGUGCCUGUGGGUCUCUUGGUGUGGUAAGAUUGUCAUUGUUGUGAAAAGCCCAAAAGGCCUAGUGUUGUGUUUUGAGGCAAGUUUGCAGAAGAUAGGAUAUGAAACAAUCUUGCCGAAGGCAGCUCCUCCCCUACGCUAGUGAAGUAACAGAAAGUUAUGACUCAAAUCUCAGCCCUUCGCAGCCACUCAGUUUUUCCUGCAGUCAGCGCAACGACACCCUGACAUCAGCUGCCCACCGCGCUGGAAAUUCCCUCGCAAUCUCCCUCUGCUUUGCCCCCGAGGGCCUAUAAAAAGACAGAUUGUCCUUGGGUGCAGCAUCAGACAGAGAAGGAGUGUUCAAGAGUCCCUGGUCUGCUUCUGCUCCUGACGCUCAUCCUCACCCAACAGCAACAUGAAGGUCUUCAUGGCUGCCCUCGCCGUUCUCCUCAUCGCUGCCUUCUGCUCCCUGGCCUCCUCUGCCCCAAUUGGCUCCGAUCCCCCGACUGCCUGCUGCUUUACCUACACGUCCAGGAAGAUCCCACGUGGCUUGGUGGUAGAUUAUUAUGACACCAACAGCAUGUGCUCCCAGACGGCCAUAGUAUUUAUCACCAAGAAGGGCCGUGAAGUCUGUGCUAACCCCAAAGAGGACUGGGUUCAGGAGUACGUGACCCAUUUGGAACUGAACUGAGCAGAGCAGGGGGCAGACCAGGGACCAAGCUUUGCCCAGCAAUUAAAGUGUUAAUGAUCAAAGGGCACCCUUCCUGCUGAUGUAUCUAGAGUUAGUGCCACUUGCUGACUUAGCAGAAAUAACCUGACGUAUAUAAACGUAUUUAAAAUAUUAUUUCAAUCUAUUUAAGAAAUUUAAUUUGCACUGAACGCUGAGCUAAAUAGUGUACUAUUUAUGGAUUAGUAUGUGGGGGUUUGGGGGCAGGUCACAUGACGUGGCUCCAUUCACAGCUCAAAUGUGAAGAUUAUUUAAUAUUUUAUAUCAACCAGAACAUUUCCUGUAAUACUGAGCUAUGGGAUUUGAUGGAGUGCUGA